GCUUUUCGAAAUCGAGGCACGAGAGGCCAAUUUAAAAAUGGCUUCCAUGCAGAGAGGUAAAGCAGUAGGGUAAUGCCACUAGAUCAGUGAAGUGGGUAAAGCCUUGUUCGCACAAACAGCGAUGAUAAGAAGAAUUUUGGCAUCUUUAUUGCCCCAAUCCAACGUCAAAAGACUUGUCGGUGUUGACCAUCUUGGUAACAAAUAUUAUGAAGUUGAAAAAGGAGAUGGAAAGAAGAGGCGAUUUUUAGAAAGAUCAGAUGGUGUCAAACCUGAAGAUUAUGUUCAAGGAAUGAUACCAAAUCAGUGGGAAGCAUGGAUUCGUGGAAGAACUGACACACCUCCUACUACCAUGGAAUUGCUGGAGAGAGAAAAAGUGGAGAAAAUAAUCGCAGCGAGAGGAGCUGAUGUCCAAAGAAAAGAUGAUGAGGCCCAACAGAAAGCUUAUGAAGACGGGUUAAUAUCCAGAGUGACAGAAGCAGAUGGAUUUAGAGCCACAAGAACGCAGCAAAUCGGGCACGCCUCUGCGAACUUCUUUGGCCCCCGUCAGCAGACAUUCGAACCUUCCACUGUUGGUAGCAAUUUUGAACCUGGUUCGUGGAGGCCAAAACCGAACACUAAAAACUCUGAACAGGAAAUUAACGAGGAGGAAAGUUUUAAACCGGAGAGUUGGACACCAAACAAGAAGAUGAAAUCGUAGCAGUCGUGUUAAGGAUCAAGUCUUACCUGCCAUUUGAUACAAGAAAAUUGUUCUAUCAAAUCUUCAUACAAGUCUAUUUUGAUUACGGCAGUGUGGUUUGGGGGUCUUCUACGAAGAUAUCCUCGCUGUUGAAGCUUCAAAAGAGAGCAGCAAGGUUGAUAUAUGACCUUCCAGACCGUGAACAUUCAGGUCCACUGGUUAAGAAACUAAAGUGGCUGCCCAUUCAAGGACGAAUCAACUUCAAAACAGCCAUAGUAGUCUUCAAGGCUCUAAAUGGACUAGCUCCAAAAUAUAUGACUGAUUUGUUCACUCAUCAAAAUCAGAUUAAACAUCGAGAUUAAACAUUGAGGCAGAGACCACGGAAGCCCCUCUCCCAUAAUUUCCAAAAUGUACUUAUUACCAUACAAACAAUUGUCUUACUCUUGGUUUUUAGCAUGUUUAGCCCCCCUCCCCAAUGUUUUAGCCUUCUCAAUCUGCAAUAUACUCCGCGGUCCUUGGCUUCAAGUGAAGGAGAAUCCUUUCUGAUAUCGCUUCCCAGUUGCCAGUUUUAAGCAAGAAUAAUACUAUACCAAUCUGCAAUACCGAUCGUAUCAGAGGCAUUUUGCUAGCAUUAUAUAUGUCAGAAUAUAUAUUUGCUGAGAGGUUGGCAGCGAUAUAGAAAUGUUAGUAAGCAAUUCGAUCGUUUUUAUAAGCUGGUCACGGCACCAUGAGCAAAACGA